UUUUCCCUUCGGUCAUUCAUAUGUGAUCAAAAUUGUCAUUUGCUCCAUGCGUAGAACUGCGUUUCUGGGUGCUACUGCUAUAGCUCGAAACUGUCCGCGCGACAGCCGAGAAUUCUGGCUUGUGGAGAAGGCUAACGACGCCUUCAAGGGCUGAUAGGGAGGUAAAGAAUCAAAAUGCAGCAGAGGAGGUCUUUGACGGGCCGGCCAAGUGGAACGGAUGGUUCGGAUUUCUCCUACCGCAUGACUGUUGACUCCCGAUAUCAAAAAGUAGCCCAAGGGAGGUCUCAGUUACAAACAUCAAUCUCAAUUCAGGCUGUUGUCCAAUUAAUUAGGGCAGUGUGUCUAGCUCUAUCAAUUUCAAAGGGGAAUGUCCCUAGUCCACUCGCUAUGUCAUCUCUCGCCACAGCCUUUCUAUCAAUAAUUGUUGGAGAAUUAGGUAGAAGACGAAGUCGGGUAAAUUUCUUAAGAUUUUACAUAGUUGCAGCAGCUGCAGUGAUACUUUUAUCUAUUGCCUGUCUUGUCAAGGGUGAUUUGAAAUUGGAGGACAUCCUUAAUGUCCAUGUCAAAGUCAGGAAGUUUGAAUUUCUUGAAGCUACAAGUGUUCUUCUUGGCCUGCUGGUCCAGGUGUUUACUGUCAAAACGACGGUAUCACUCAUUAGCAACAUGUCUCCACCCAAGAGAACUUCAUAAGGGUGUGAUGCCAAUUUGCUAAUGAUUUGGGUUAAACAAGCAAGUUCGGCUUUCCUUGUGUGUGCCAAGUAGCAUGUCGUCGUCUGAGUAUGGCUUAACAGGCAUUACAAACAGCAAGAAGCCAGCACUUUGCUUUGCGAGUAAGCUGUACAAUAGACUUGUUGAUGAUCUUCACUUGAAGAUUCUUGGUUUACAGUGCUCGACUCUCUGUAUCAAUUUGGUGAUCCUCGACUGUCAAUCAGAGAAAUUAGUUUUCUUUGAAGCAAUUUUGGCAAACAUAGGACAUAAAUUCAUAUGGAGGAAACAGAUUUCAAUACUACUUGACAUUUGUGAAGAGGGGAUUGUAGAAAAACAACCGAAACUGACUCUUAACUACAUGAUGUUGAAGUACAAGGCGCCCUAGUUACAGAAGGGAUUGUGAAAUUGGGUAA